GUCCGCAGUUACAGUUUAUCAUCAUGAUAAAGCUAUAAUAAUUAUUCGCUAUAAAAGAAUCAAACUAUGUUGAGAGACAAUAUUAUUAUAAUACGAUCACACCUACGCAAACAGGACAAGCUUAGUCGAAUUUUUGUUUUGAUUUUGUUGUCUUGCAAAAUGUUGAUUGAAAUCAGUUUAAUUGUGCUAGCAUCGACUUUGCUAGUUGUCUAUCUAAUUGGAAGAUACAAUGAAAGUUAUUGGAAAAAACGUGGAGUCAAGUUUCACGGGAAAAACAAAGUGCUUGGAGUGUUCGGUGCAUUCUUGUCAGGCAAAGGUGCCGUCUUCGAGUUGUUUGGCGACCUCUACAAGACAUACAAGAAUGAGCCUGUUGUUGGUAUAGGCAACCUUUUCACUCCGUCCGUAUUUGUCACGAAUCCGAAGAACAUUCAACAUGUCUUGCAAUUGGACUUUAACUCUUUUAAUCACAGAGGCUUCGAAAGUGAAAAGGAUACUCUUUCGGACAGCAUUCUCUUCAUGACUGGCAACAGAUGGAAGCUGAUGCGCCAAAAUAUGACCCCACUAUUCACAACGAACAAGCUGAAGAACAUGUACUACAUCAUGGACAGAUGCGCACAAGACUUUGUGGUUUACCUUGACAACAAUCCGAAAGCAAGGGAAGGAAAGUUUUACGACACACUCAACAUGUUCUGCAAUGCUGCUGUUUGUGGUGCGAUAUUCGGGAUCGGGCAAGAGUCCACGUUUGAUUCACCGUUCAUGAAAAUGUCCAAAGAUCUCUCAACGUCAAAUUGGAAAAUUAGUCUGCAAUUUGCAUUGCUAAGCAUAAGUCCAAAAUUGAUUAAGCUACUUGGAAUAAGAUUUGGAGCAGAAUAUGAAAAAUUCUUUGUUGAUGCCAUUACCCAAGUCACUAAGAAAAGAGAAGAGGACAAAGUACAACGCCAUGAUUUUGCCGACCUAGCCGCGAAUCUGCGAAAAAAGGGAACUAUCAGAGAUGAAAACACGGGUUUGGAAAUAGAACCGUCAUUUACUCUACUAUCAGCUCAAGCCUCAUUUUUCUUCUUAGCAGGAGUUGAAACCAACGCGAAUGCUUUAUUCAAUACACUUGUUGUGCUUUGUCAACACCCAGAAAUCCUACAGAAAGUACAUCAAGAGAUCGACGAACAUUUUAAGAAAAACAACAACAAAAUCAGUUAUGAUGUGAUUACACAACUGACAUAUUUGGACAAGGUACUGAGCGAGUCCUUGAGGAUGUUCCCUCCAGUGGGUUAUGUGACAAGAAAGUGCAUCGAAGACUCAGUGCUCCCUGUCGGUGGAGUCAAAAUAGAAAAGGGGACGAAAUUGUACACUCCGAUAUACCAGUUACAUCACGACCCGGACUUGUAUCCUGAACCUGAAGUUUUCGACCCGGAACGAUUUUCCAAGGAUAGAAAACCUAAUGACGACAUUUACAUACCUUUCGGCAUGGGCAACAGGUUGUGCAUCGGUGCAAGAUACUCGAGGUUACAAAUGAUGGCUGGUCUGGUCCAUGUGUUACACAAGUAUGAAGUACAUUUGGAACAAACUGGCAAAAUUAGUUUCAAACCAGAUAUUCUCAACGUUAGACUGGACAAUGUAGAUAUUAAGCUAACCCCUAGACAUGCUAAAUAAUGUGAUAACGAACCUUUGUAGUGGCCAAAAAUAUCUAAAGUAAUUUAACCUCUGACUGAUAGACUGAUUAUGUGGUCCACGUGAUCUGUGUUUAAAAAUGAUUUACAUUAUGUUUUUCUUUAUAGAAAACAUAGUAAUUGUAAUUAGUUAUAAUGAUGUGCUUAGAAUAAAUUACAUUUUAUCAUAA